AUGCCUCGACCGUCUCGGGAUAGUUACGGUGAUCAGAAACCGCCGUACUCGUAUAUUUCACUAACCGCUAUGGCCAUCUGGAGUUCUCCGGAAAAAAUGCUCCCGUUGAGUGAUAUCUAUAAAUUCAUAACGGAUAGAUUUCCGUACUAUCGGAAGAAUACUCAACGCUGGCAAAACUCUUUACGACAUAAUCUUAGUUUCAACGACUGCUUCAUCAAAGUGCCAAGACGACCUGAUCGGCCGGGUAAGGGUGCGUACUGGGCGCUACAUCCGCAAGCGUUCGACAUGUUCGAAAAUGGAAGUUUGCUCCGACGGAGAAAACGUUUUAAGCUGCACAAAAAUGACAAGGAUAUUCUUAACGAAGAACUUGCCGCUCUGGCCAACAUCAACCGGAUAUUUCUAGCUCAAAACUCUAGUGCGGAAACGUAUUGCCCAACGAUGGUAGAUCCAAUCCACCAGCCAAUGCUCCAUUCUCCCAUAGAGUCACUAUCCCCUGCAUCCGCACCGGCUGCAAUUUCGCCAAUAGCCAUGUCGGAAACAUUGACGCCGUUGCGACCAAAGCGACCUUUUACAAUCGAAAGUCUCAUGACUCCAGACGGCCGAUCCACUCCGAUACAUCAAGCUGCGAAUAAAACACCUAAAUCGUCAACUGACAAGCUCAAUCUUUUGGACGAUAGCCCCAGGAUUCCCGGAUUGCAUCAAACGCUUCCGCCGGCAACGACACUACCUGGCGUUCAUAUACCACCGUUUCUACCGUACCCGCAUCCUAUUCUAAACGCCUACGACCUGCCAAUUCAUCCAUUGCUCAUGAUGGCCCCCCUUGGGGCGAUUCCACCGCACUACUUUCAUCACAGCUCGUACCACAAUUUAACAUUGCCACCCGGAGCCGGUGGAGGCGGCGGCGGACGAGCAGCGGGGGACGCCGGGACCGGUUCCGCUGGUGACGCUGCCGGUCCAACCGACCUGAGCAGGCUGGGACACGCGCUGCGUACCGUGUGA